AUGGCAGAUCAUGUCGCAGUCGAUUCGCGCCUCCCUUCGUCGCCUUUUGGCUCCGCAUGUUCCGGACCUGCGCCGCUCUAUGCGCCGGAUUCUCUCACUGUCUGGCAUUCUUCGCCAUCCAAGCCUAGCUCAACCUCACAGAACGACUGCGGUUUCGACGUAGAAGAGCUGUCAGAGAAUGAUGUGGAUUAUCCCAAUCAUGCCCGAGUCUUGCAUCCAUACGAGCUGGAGGAAGUCGACACUCCUGCUGCAGAUUGCGGUCAUGUCGACCUAUCCCACGAGAUAGACAUUGAAGAUGGUGAAGAGAAUACUCAAGAUUCUGACUCUGCUGCUCUUGCUCGUCGCUUGUGUCGCAUGCGCUGGAAACCUGCAUCUCGCCCUUACGCCUUCACGCGUUCGUUACCUAUCCAAGCCAACCAUCGCAAACGGUCACGGUCGGAGGCCCUGGAUACCGACACUGAUUCGGAUGGAUUCGACAGUCUAUACACACGCCCUGAGCCACCAAAAAUGCGCCGACGGACUCAAAGGCCUGAUAACAUAUCCACCAUCGCCACUCCCUUGAACAUGAGUGAUGCCUCGACGCCACAAGCAACCACCACUGCCUCGAUGUUCGAUGACCUUAUGGACGUUGACGCACAAGCCACUUAG